ACGCGGCGUAAGAAACCGAGCGAUUCAUACAAUCUGUGGACAUACGUGUCAGUCUCUUUGCUGUUCGGCACUGAAAGCUAGGUUCGCUACCAGGUGAAGUCUCGAAGCAAUGGCACCUAAAGGCAACAGCAAGCAGCAGUCUGAGGAGGAUCUUCUGCUUCAAGAUUUCAGCAGAAACCUCUCGGCAAAAUCGACAGCGCUUUUCUACGGAAAUGCCCUUAUCGUCUCAGCUAUCCCCAUUUGGUUAUUCUGGAGGAUCUGGCAUAUGGACCUGGUACAGUCUGCCGUUCUCUACGCCGUUAUGACUCUCGUCAGCACAUACUUGGUGGCCUUCGCCUACAAAAACGUGAAAUUUGUUCUCAAGCACAAGGUUGCCCAGAAGCGUGAGGAUGCUGUCUCCAAGGAGGUGACUCGCAAGCUGUCUGAGGCUGACAACCGGAAGAUGUCCCGCAAAGAGAAGGAUGAGAGGAUCCUGUGGAAGAAAAACGAGGUUGCAGAUUAUGAGGCCACCACCUUCUCCAUCUUCUACAACAACACCCUCUUCCUGGUAUUGGUCAUCGUGGCCUCCUUCUUCCUGCUCAGGAACUUCAACCCCACUGUUAACUACAUUCUGUCCAUUAGUGCCUCGUCUGGCCUCAUUGCCCUGUUGUCCACUGGAUCGAAGUGAGCGAAUGAACAAACGAGCUGGAGAGUUGGAACCACAAGAGGAGGAAAAGAAAAAUUAGUUGGGGGGUGAGGUGGGCUGGUUUGGGAAGGGGUUGGGGAAAGCCAAUGAUGUGACUGUGGGCUGGACAUUAUCAUUUCUGUUGUGCAUUUUCAUGAAAUUCAUGAUGUCAUCUGUGGAGUUUUUUUCUGAUCUCCGCCAUUCUCUUUUUAUACAAAUUAAAGAUAAUGGGCCUGAA